CUGCAGCAGCCGGCAGUUCAGCCUCAAACCUGAGCCCUUCGCACACCUCCUCCACACACACCACACACCCCCACACAUACACAGAGAGGAGAGGCAGAGCAGCCUUUCCCUCCCAGCCACUCAGCCAUGAGUAGCAUCGGAUAUGACCCCUACUACUCCACCUCGUCAUACAGGCGGAUGUACCAUGAGCCUUCCCCUCGCGUGGUGGUGACCAGGGGGAGGACCCACUCCUCCUACUCCUCCCAUGCAUCCCCGCUCUCCUCCCGCCUGCAGUACUCCUCUCCCGGCCGGGUGCUGUACACCUCCCCUUCCUCGCCGUCCGCUUCCCUGGAGCUGGAGCUCAGCCAGGCGGCCCAGAUCAGCUCCGAGUUCCGUGCCGUGCGCACACAGGAGCGCAGCCAGCUGCAGGAUCUCAACGACCGCUUCGCCGGCUUCAUCGAGCGCGUCCGCGAGCUGGAGCAGCAGAACCGUGCCCUGGAGGCGGAGCUGCUGCUGCUGAGGCAGAGGCACACCGAGCCGUCCCGCCUGAGGGCUCUGUACGAGCAAGAGGCCCGGUCCCUGAGGGCCGCCGUGGACGAAGCCAGGGCCGAACAGCAAGCCGUGCUGAGCCAGAGGGAGCGGCUGGAGCAAACCCUGAGCGCCCUGCAGGGUCGAUAUGAGGAGGAAGUGCUGGCUCGCGAGGAGGCCGAGGGCAGGCUGAUGGAGGCCCGUCGCGAGGCCGACCAGGCCGCCUUGGCAAAGGCCGAGCUGGAGAAAAGCGUCGAAACCCUGCUGGAGGAGCUGGCCUUCCUCAAGAGGAUCCACGAGGGCGAGGUGGCCGAGCUCCAAGCCCAAGUCCAGCUGGGGGUCCAGGUGGCCGUGGAGUCCGAGGCCGCCGCCCCGGACCUCUCCGGCGCCCUCAGGGACAUCCGGUCCCAGUACGAGAGGCUGGCGGCGAGGAACAUGCAGGCGGCCGAAGAGUGGUUCAGGGGGAAGGUGGGCUCCCUGACCGAGACCGUGGCGCAGCACAGCGACGCCGUGAGAAGCUCCAAGGGCGAAGCCGGGGAGUAUCGACGCCAGCUGCAGGCUCGCUUGCUGGAGAUCGACGCGUGCAGAGGCCUCAACGAGUCCCUGGAGAAGCAGCUGCAUGAGAUGGAGGAGAAGCAGAGCGCUGAGAUUGCUGCUAUGCAGGACACCAUUGGGGAGUUGGAGAAUGAGCUGAGGGGCACCAAACAGGAAAUGGCACGCUACCUGAAGGAGUACCAGGACCUUCUGAAUGUCAAGAUGGCUCUGGACAUCGAGAUCGCUGCCUACAGGAAGCUCUUGGAGGGAGAGGAGUCUCGCUUCAACGUGGGGAUGGCUGGGGGAAUGUCCUCCCUGUACAGCCACAGUUUCUCUGCGCCCAUCUUCACCCGGCCCCUCCUCUCCAGCAUGAGCUCCGGCACCUCCUACCUGAUGACGUCGCGCCUGCUCAGCUCCAGCACCGCCGAGGGGAUCAUCUCCGCCAGCCACGCCCACAAAGCAGAGUCCAGCCCACCAGCAGAAGAAGAGGAGGAGGAGGUGGAGGAGGAGGAGGUGAAGGAGGAAGAGGAAGAGAAGGAGGAAGCGGCAGGAGAGGAGGCAGAGGAGAAAACAGAGGAGGAAGAGAAGGGGGAGGAAGAGGGAGGAGAGGAGGAGGAGAAGGAGGAGGAGGGGGGUGAUGAAGAGAAAGAGGGUGAAGAGGAGGCUAAGGAAGCAGAUGAAGAGACUAAAGAAGAAGAAGAAGGUGGUGACGAGGAGGAGCAAAAAGAAGAGGUGACAGAGGCUGCCAAAGAGGAGGAGGAGACGGAGGAGGAGAAAGACGACAAAGGCGAAGGAGAGGAGGCCGAAGCCAAAGAAGAAGCACAAGAGGAGGAAAAAGCAGAGGCGGCCGACGACAAAGGCGGUGAGACAAAAGACGAAGACAAGGAGGAGAAGGAAGAAGCUACAAAGAGUGAGGAGAAAGAGGAGAAAGCAGACGCCAAGAAAGACGACAAAGCUGACGACAAGGCCGCCGAAGCCGCCCCCAAAAAGGACGACAAGGCCGACACGAAAAAGGAGAAAGAGGACGAAAAGGCCGCCAAACCCGAACCCACUGACGACAAGAGCACAAAGAGCAAAAAGUAAACCAGCAUCCUCAGCAAACUUCAGUCAAGGCGGUCGACGUUCAAGCCACAGCUCGAUAACCAGUAGAGGCAUCGUAGCUAUCCUCUCUCCAGUCUGCUUGUUAACACGGUGCUCAAUGAAACAGUCCAAUAACCAUUCACAGCAACAAAUCAAGGUUAACUGCUUGCCAAUAUCCAGAGUAAUCCAUUAAAGGUCUGGCUGCACACUUCCUGGUGACUGUAAUAACCACUGAAUGCAAUAAUGAAUGUGUGUGGAUGGUGAAAUAAAUGAUUCUCAAAGCAA